AUGUUCGCCAAGGUCCUCGUCCUCGCGCUUGCCGCAUCUCCCCUCGUUGCCGCCCACGGCCGUGUUGAUGUCGUCACUGGCGACGCAGGCGGAAACGGUACAGCUCUCGCCAUCCAGGGUGGAGUUGUUCCUCUGACCGGAAAGAACAAAGUCACUGAGGUAGACACCACUGUCUUCGGCUCCAAGCAGCCCGCCAGCAAUGGCCUGGGCAAGACAACCGACACGGGCAAGAUCGCGGCCGCGGACGUGCCUCAGCUGAUGUCGGCGGCGACCGCACAGGCGGGCACAACGCUGCCGCAGGUCAACUCGUCGCUGAGCGGCACGUGGCACGUCGUAACAUCGGAUGGCUUCGGCCAAGUCUUCGCAGUGCUGGACCCCACGGCCACGGGCAACUUCGCCAACGGCGUCCCGCUCACCACCACCCAGGACGUCCCCGGCAACAACGGCAACCCCCCUCGCGGCAACAACAAGUACAAGAAAUCCGUGCUGCGCCGCUUCGCGGAGAGCACCGGUAUCAUUGCCAAGCGCGCCACCAACGUCAAUGAGGACUUCCCCAUGACUUUCUCCGUCCCCGCUGGCACGACCUGCUCUGGCACUGCUGGCGACCAGCAGAACGUGUGCCUCGUCAAGAUCGCGAACAAGAACAAUGCGGGUCCAUUCGGUGGCGUCGUCGCUAUCCAGAUGGCGGGCGCUGCUGCCGCCCCUGCUGCCGCCGCGGCCCCUGCUACGGCAGCCAAGGAGAGGCGGGAGUUUGUUGCUUGA